CCCGCGGGCGGAGGAUGGCGUGUCGCGGCGCCUGCUGCUGCUCCAGCGCGGGUCGCCUCAACGCGGACAACGCGCGGUUCCUCCUGCUGGCGGUGCUGAUCGUGCUGUACAUGCUGUGCGGCGCCGCUGUCUUCUCGGCCAUCGAGUUGCCCACGGAGCGGGAGGCUAAGGAGCGCUGGGAGGAACGCCUGGAGAACUUCACCCGGCGCCACAAUCUCAGCCGUGCCGAGCUCCGGCACUUCCUCCGCGAAUACGAGGAGGCGAGCGUGGCCGGCAUCCGCGUCGAUGACAUCCGGCCCCGGUGGGAUUUCACCGGAGCUUUCUACUUCGUGGGCACCGUCGUUUCCACUAUCGGCCGCUGGAAGUUGGAGGGGAUCUCUGGAGAUUGUCUGGUCCAACCCCCAUACUCCAAGCAGGGGUUUGGUAUGACCACCCCGGCCACCGUUGGAGGCAAAAUUUUUCUGAUAUUUUACGGCCUUAUAGGAUGUGCAGGGACCAUUUUGUUCUUUAACCUGUUCCUGGAGCGCUUGAUCACUGUCAUAGCUUACGUCAUGAAGUCCUGCCACGAAAGACAGCUGAGGAGGAAAGGGGUUCUCCCUCACAACGGCCGGCGGGGCUCGGGGACCUCUGAGGUGGACAGCCUGGCGGGCUGGAAGCCCUCUGUGUACUAUGUAAUGCUGAUUUUAUGUGUAGCAUCCCUCAUCAUUUCCUGCUGUGCCUCUGCAAUGUACACACCAAUUGAAGGGUGGAGUUACUUUGACUCACUUUACUUCUGCUUUGUGGCCUUCAGCACCAUUGGUUUUGGUGAUCUGGUCAGUAGCCAGAACAUCAGGUAUGAGAGCCAAGGCCUUUACCGCUUUGGCAACUUUGUCUUCAUACUCAUGGGGGUGUGCUGCAUCUAUUCCUUAUUUAAUGUGAUCUCUAUUGUCAUCAAGCAGUCCAUAAACUGGAUAUUAAAGAAACUGGCCUGCAAGUGCUGCCACAGGUGCCAAAGGAGAUUAUUUCGUUCGCGGAGGAAUGUGGUGAUGCCAGGAAAUGUGCGCAGCCGGAGGAACAUCUCCAUCGAGACAGACGGUGUCAAUGAGAGUGACACGGACGGACGCCGUCUGUCAGGAGAGAUGAUCUCCAUGAAAGACUUCCUGGCCUCCAAUAAAGUCUCACUGGCCAUCAUGCAGAAACAGCUGUCAGAAACUGCUAAUGGGUAUCCAAGGCAAAUGAGCUCUAACUCGAAGCAAAAUGGAUUCUCUGGUGGGGUUGGAGCCCUGGCAAUUAUGAAUAACAGACUGGCAGAGACAAGUGUGGAUAGGUAAAAUAAUAACAGUAAUAACAGUGAAACAGUGUGAACCAUUUAAACAGGUAUUGAAACAAUGUGAAUCAAGUGAAAUAGCUAGGGAGAGAGUACCACCAGAGGGUGGGAUGAUAUGAAGAGCAUACCUCCUGAUGGAAGACCUCUUGACUUUUUUGGGGGCUGUCACUUAAUGCUUUUGCAUUGUACCAGUCCCAGCCUUCCUUCUUCCCCAUCAUUAUGCUCCUCAAGCAGGUUACUGCAGGAGGAUUUUAAUUUAGCCUUGAGAUAAAACUUCCAUGUCCUGUUCUUCUCCAUUAUGUGACAUACAGAUUUCAGGAUAAGAAAUCUGUGGGAUGGGAGAAACCAAGUGUGUCUACUGAGCACAUUCUUAAUUCAGAGAUUGUUUGGAGUAACUGUUUUACUUUCAUCAUGCCUGUUUCCUGGAAGUGACUUAUCUGAGACCAAAAGAUGAAUCAGCCUUUGUGAUAUUGCAGAUUGAAUUUAAUGGGAAAUAGUAUGAAAGUUGGUCGGUAUAUUCUGGAGCUACUGUAAUGUGAAUGGGGUGAGAAUUUUGACUUUAGAAUUUAUUUAGUCUUUCCUAUAAUAGGAUACUGUCAAAAGUGAUAGAAUAAAAACUUAUCCUACUUUUGUUUUCUUUUCUUCAUUUGCAAAAUAUGAUUCUUUUCCAAGGAUACUUUUUCUUCUAGAAUUGAAUCAUUGUGUCUUUCUGUUUCAAAAAUGUCAAAUUAAAUUGAAAAUGGACAUACUGAUGAGUGGUUACUCCACAAUAGCAAAGACUUUCCAAAUUUCUGUUCAUAUUUGCCUCAAUUGUGACUAAAGUACCAGCAUUAUGUAAUGCAACUACUAACUGAGUUUACACAACAGGCUUUAGUAUGCAAUUAGAUUGCCAUGCCAGCAUCCAGAGUGUUAUUAUAAAUGACUGUGAUAAAAGAAUCACUUUGGCAGUGUCCUUUUUUAUGUAACUCUGUCAUUCUUCCUCUGUUUCUCUGACUUUCAGUGAUAAUAAUGAGAGGCUCUUGAUUAGGGAAAGAGAAAAUGUUUUCAUUCCUUGUUUUUGUCAAUGAGAUGCUCUGAGUGCUCAUUAUGACUAGAAAGGAAAUUUCAAUGAGAAGAAUAAUAACAGUGAGAAGAUCAUGAAACCAGGAAAAGAAGUGAUCUUUAAUGACAGUGAAAUCAUCCUUUGUAUUAGGUAGCUAGAGAAAUAAGGAAUUAAAUUAACGUAAAAUCUAGCAAGAAUUUAAGAAAGACUGGGCUGAAUUCCUGAUUCUCCUUUAAACAUGCAACAUAUUAAAGCUAAACAAUAUAUGAGAGUGUAAAUAAGCAGAACUUGUCACAAAGGACCCCAUCCCCUGGAAAGAAUAGUAUAUGCAUCAGGACUAAGUGUUUUCACACAGCUGGAAAGCCUUUCAGACUACUGCAAUAUUAGGAAAUUUAAAACAUCAUGAUGUAGUUCUCUCAUAUGGGACAAUGCAGAUAGCCUCUUCAGUUUAAUUUAUAUUAGGAAUUAAUUGUUUUUCUUCAUUCUGGCCUAAAUUCUUUCACUUACAUUUCUAAUAUUGUAGAAUAACAUUUUUAUACUCAUUGUAUCAAUAUUUGAAUUUGAAAACAAAAGCCUGGAAUCCUUUCAUAUAAUAAGCUAACCCAAGAUAUUCAAGAAAUGUCUUAACUAGUAAAAAAAUUGCAAGCUUUUUUUACAUUAUUAGGGGUAAAAAUCCCGAUUUAAAAUUAAAUCCUGCUGUUCUUAUUACAAGGAAAGCUUCAAGCUGAAGUCAUCAAUUCAGAUUCUGAUAUCUGUCAACUCAUCUGUGCAGCGAUGGAAUAGUCUUAACAGUAUUCCUUCACAUUUGCAUCCAUGUAAAACCUAGAUCAGCUUCCAAACCAAACUCCUGUGAGAAAAGCAGUUUUAUUUGGUUUUUUGGAGAUAUUAGCAUAAAUUACCACCGAGCUAUUUCAGAUGAUCUAUAAUACCCAAGAUCCAUUGCACUGUUACACUUUUCUUUUUAUCCCAAGGCCUUCUGUGUCUUAAUCGCCCUGAAUACAAAUACUCGGCUAUAAAAACAGGGAUGUACUGCUCUGUAGCCGUCUUUCCAAAUUCAUUCAGAAACACCUCUGUUCAAUGCCUGUAAUCCUAAGAUAUCAUUGUUACAGAUGAAUUCCUCUGCCAACUAGAAGAAAUAGUAUAGGACUUAACCCAUUGUUUCAGCAACCAUUAAGAGGGUCUUCAGAUGGUUUCAAGACAUGAGACAGUUGUGUUGCUCUGUUCCAUUCUUUCUGGUAACCAGUGCUGGUUUCUCAUCACCACAGAGGAAUCUUUGUCAGCUCUUUUCAAUAGGUCUGAAAACAUCUAUGAUUAUGAAAGCAAGGGACUAAUAAAUAGUCUUUAUCCAAAAGAGUUGGCAAGGCUGUGAGGGAUCUUUGGUGUACACUAACUCUGUUUUCAUUGAUCAGCCCUGACCUUCUGCUCACUCAAGCACUGCCUUCCUCGUGACCCACGCCUGCCAGGUGCAAGAUCUCUGCACUGGUUUUGUGGUUGGAUUUCUUGUCCACUGAAGAUAAUGAGGGAAUAGCUGCACUAAUCAUCUCUGUUCAGAUGCCAGUUGCCAGAGAUGAAGGACCUGCAUAUUCUGUCCCUGUGCCAUCUUGUACCAUGACAUCAUCCCGUCCCUAAGAGACCUCUGACUUUGUCAUUGAGCUCCCCUUACGGCAGCCACCCUCAACAUUGAAUGAGGUAACUUUGCCAAGGAGAGCGUAGAAUUCUUAGAGAAUAUCUGUGGAUAAAUAAGAUUUUUAAGAUCAGAGAGAAACAUUUCUGACUACAGUCCCACGGUACAACUACAGUUGUUUUACUAAAGGCAUUGAAGAAAAAAAUCCCCAAAAGCUCUGAUUAUAAUGAGCUAUAAUAUUAUACUUUAAUAUCAAGAUAUUAAAUUUGCAAAACAAGCGGAUAUACAAAUGUACACAUACAAAAAAAGAGCAGAAUUUAACACAGGAGUGACAAAUGGCCAUCCUGUGUGAAAAGUAAAUUACAAUAAAAAUAUAACAUCACAUUUCUUGCAUUACUUUUUAAAGUAGCAAUGAGGAAUUAAAGGAGAUAGUCAGGGGUCUAUUUUCAAAGCAGUGUAGAUUUUAAUGCAGUAUUGCUUAACACUAAAAUCUCAGUCAACAAGACAGAAACCUGUUUUCAAAAGUACUGUUUCUCUGUUGCCUGCCAUGAAUUUUCAUGGUGGCUAUUGAGAUAUUGGGAUGAGGUUUUUAAGGCAAAAGUGUUUGGGGGAAAACUUUGGAUGCAUUGAGAUUCUGAAUAUGCACUUCAAAGGGUCAGGAGUGCCACUAAAAUAAGUGGGUUAAACUGCAGGUUGCAGCCUGCCAGUCUGAAACUGAAAGUCCUUAAUGGAGUUGUCUGCUGAAAUUUAACCUUAUAGUUAUGCCACAACUUAAUAAUAGCAUUAUUGAACAGUAUCAUUAUUUUACAUUGAAAGGAAUAUCUAGUGAUAACCAAAAUACAAUCAAAUAAAAGUAGAGGUAGCUCUUAGGGUUUUCUUGCUAGUUUAGUAAAAUGUGUGCAUCAGGCACUUUGCUGGUAGGUAGGUAUGAAUGCAGUUACAUUCAUUUCUAUCCAUGAAGGACAUGGGCUGCUUUUUGCAAGGACAUGAACAGACUCUUCAAAGGCAUUUAAUUCCUGCUGGAAGUCAAUUAACUUCCCACCACACACCAGCUUUCAGUGGAAGUCAGGUACCUGAUUCCCUUAGGCAAUUUCAGAACCCCUGCCAUGUAUUAGAUUUUGAAUCUAAGAUGACCUGACAGUGCCCUGAAAAGUUCAAACAGUUGGAGCAAAGUUUCAGUGCUGCAGCACUCUAAUAGCUGAAUUAAUUUAUCUAAAAGCAUUUUAUGGUGAAAGCUUUACAUCAACCAAAUAACACAAUCAAUGUUUACAUUUUGUUUGAUUUAAUCUUGGCCUCUGUCAGUUUUAAUUGUAUUUGACACAUUUACAAAUUGAAAAACAAAGAGAAGGUUGGGCUAGGCAUAAAAAAUAAAGCAGCUCCAUUUCUCCGACUGAAUUGAUCAAGACAAAGAGGUUAGGUUGGGAAGAGAGCUUUUUGAUUAACAUUAUAUUUUAAUAAUAUUUAUCUGGAGGUGAAGGGUAUUAAGUUGUUUGGAUGACUUCUCUCCAAUAGCUGUGGAAGUGGAACUGCUUGUGUGACCUUCUGAUGUCCCCACGCUGGGAACAGAAGCUCAGUGAGCCUUAAUUUAGAGAAGGGUCAGCAUUUACAAGCAAUACAGUUGGAAUCUUCUGUUGUUUUAAUUUAGGCUACUAAUGCUGGGAUAACACAACACUUUCUUAGAUUCUUCAAGAAGUAAUAAAGUUAUUUUAUCUAAUGUCACAUACAAGCUGUACAUGGAGAAUCACCAAAUGUUUUCUUUCCCCUGGGCAGAAAAUACUGCCAAAUACAGAAGUACAAUGUGUCUGUUUGAGAAUAUUCACAGUACUUUUUUGCUUAAUCCAGGAAAUAAGAAUAUAAUCCCUUCCCUACUCUUUAUUUUCCCAACAUCUAUUGGCAACAAUUUCUACCCAAUACUCUGCUUAUGACUUAAAAGGUCACAUUUUACUAGGAAAAUGAAAGCCAUUUCUCCUCAAGGUGGACCAGCAUAUUCUUAUCUUUUAUUAGAUUUAAGAGAAACUGUGAACACAAAGAAAGACUUCAUAUCAAAGUAGUCAGAAGCUUUUUGAUAUAGCCUGUGUUUACAGGGCUGUUUUAUGUCAAACCACACAAAAACCUCAUCACUGCAGACUUAUAAGAGCAUAAGUAAGUCUAAGAACAACCUUAUGGAAUAAAUACACUAUGUUAUAUUUUGGUUUUUCACAGUUUCACUCUAAUAUAGGCCUUCAGGCUUCAUUAUUUGAAAUUAUUUGUGAUAAUAGAAUAAAUAUAAAUUUGCAAAGGUUUUGAGAGGCACAAAAGUGAGAUAUGUUUUAAAUGAAAUAUUAUUUUCCACAGGCUGCCUAGCUUUCUACAAAGGGGAAGUUUGAUGAAAGGCAGAAUCAACUCUUUCCAAGAAAGGGUGCAAUUUCUGGACUCAAAUGGAUUUCCUAUUAGGUACAAGCAGAAACUCCCAGAGGAGCAAGAUGGCUUAAUUUUCACAAAUGUUAUCUUUCUAAAUGCUUUUCAAAGCUAUUUCCCCUUUUAAAGCCAUGGAACACUGUCAGUGUUUUCUGUUUGUCUUAUCUGAGAAAACUUAAUGUUUCUUUUUCCAUAUCUUUAGAAGAAAAUAUGCACAUGAAGAAAAAUAAAAAUUACCUUACAUAACCUUUACAUGUAUUGCUUGGAGCUGCAGAAAUCCUCCUCUUUAUCCUAACUCAAGUUUACACCAGAGUAAUUUCUCCAGCUCACCAAAGAGGUCUGGUAUUGCUAGUGAGUAGUCACAGCUCAAAUAAAAGGACUUUAAAGUUGUAUUUGGUCAUCUGUUAAAUGAGGCAAUGAGCUGAUGGUCUGAGCAGUGGGUGCUGUUCUAAGUUUGUUAGCAUUGUUCUCAUUUCUGCAAUGGUCAGGGAGACCCUGAGUAGUGUGCAGAAAAGUCCUUAGUGCUGCAGUAGCAGCAAUUGCUGGCCAUUAACCUCUGGGUGUCCUGCUGCCUGCACUGUCUGGCCCAGGGCCAGAACUAGACAGUGAGUAUGCCCAAAACCACCAUUUCAGAGAUGCACAGAAUAAUUUUCUGUGGAAGAUGCCUCUGGAUGCCAUCCUGUCACCCUUUUCCAAAGCAGGCCUAGCUAGUUCCUGGCCAUCUGUAAUCUGCUGGGUGAGGCUUCUCCAGCACUCUGUUCACAGUGUACUGACAGUGCCCUUCUUGCAUGAGGCAAUGAACAACACCCCUACGAAGAGCAAGUGACAGGCCUUCCUCUGCACUAUUACAUUUGGGUAAAUACUUAGCUCUAAGUUAAACAAAUUUCUUUGUAAAUGGCAUCCAGACUGCUGCUUUUCUCAGCCUCAUACAUAGCAGAUGGGUAUUUUGAUCCCUAGGUAUCAUUAUUGUUGGCAGUCUUAUUUGAGAUGGCAGAGACUGAAAAGGUCAGUCUGUCUGCCUUAGGUUCCUAGGCAGGGGUAUUACUCUUUUGGCAAACAACCCAUGGCACUUUGGCUCUAUGCCUCAGAUUUGGCUGGAUUCUUGCUCAAGAAUGGAUUCUGCUCUGCUGAAAUCAAUGGAGACUUUGCUUCUGGAUUUUUUAUCUGGAAUUUUGCACAAGAAUUUUAAUUUCACUUUAUAAAAUAAUCCAAAGAAAUGUGACUAGCCUUUAGCUUCACUUUUACCACCAAUUGUGCAAAUGCUAACUCUACUCAUGCAGUGCUGUAUUCUGCAAUAAGUUAUUGACCAGGAACCAUUUUUUGGUCAACAAAAUAAUAAUAACAACAAAAUAAUCUACUUCUAAAGAAGAGCAAUUUAAAAUUGAAAGUAGACAGAUUAUUAUCUCUAAGAAUUUUUUGGUAGUCAUUUAUUUCAUCAGCUGAAAAAACUCUAACAACACAUUUUCCAUGAAAAUUCCUACAGUUUUGCAAAGGUAAAUUUUGCUCUGUGCUGACUGCUUGUGUAAGCUUAUUCUUUCCCUCAGCUUUUUGCCCUCAGUCCACACCUGCAGGACGCUUCACCCUCUUUUUUUUCCUUUCCAUUUGUCUUCUUUCUUGGUUCAUAAAAUUCUUCUGUUGGCUAAAUACACAUGGUAUAUAUACCACACAAAGCAAGUCAGGAGGAAAAGCAAGUGAGGCACAGAGAGUUCUGAAUGCCCCAUCAGCUGAGAAGGUGUCAAACAGAGCUUACACCUCCUCAGAUUGCAGCAUAGGUGCAAAAGGUAAACAGCAAGUGUUGUGAUAUUUUAGCAUCUCUAAAAAAGAAAUCCCUUUAAUCUGCCAGGAUUUUAAGUUCUUUAUUCAUUAUGCUAUCCCUGCCUUUUGCUUUUUUACCUUCUUUGGAUGCCUAAGGCUUUAAGGCCCUGUGCAUGAACAACUGAAACUACAGAAAUGUAGUUUCUGUAGUUCUGUUUUCCCUAUUUGCAAAAGAUUUGGUCCUUGUUUGGCACCAUGUAAUAGGUCUGUGCAAUAGCAGGAGUUAGAAUCCACAAACCACAGCCCAUGAUUAUAAGAAAAUUGAGAACUUUGUCAUGCUUCUAAUGAAUUUCCAGCAUUAGAGAUUUCAGUUUUCCCAGGCAACCUACUGCAAACCCAUUGUAGAGCAUCUUAAUUUUAAACAUUUUCCCAGGCACUAAAUUUAUAUCUCCCUUGCUACAGCUGAGGCACAUUGUUUGCAUUUGAGCCCUGCUUAAAAUGGAGAACAGAAUAUUCCCUUCCUUUUUGAAAGGAAGGUAUUUUUUUACAGUAUCUCAUCUCAGUCUUUGCUAUCUCAGGCUAAACAUGUCCCCUUCCUUAUGUGACAUUUUUUACCAUUGCUCUACAAUGCUCCAGAUUGUGCUUCAUCACUUGGUCACUUUUCCUUUCAAGUACAGUGCUCAAAAUGAUAUACAGAGACAGAGAAAAUAUAUUGUUAAUAGAGCAUGGAGCAGCACAAUUAUUUUCCUUAUCUUACCUACCUAUCCUGUUCCUGUUUCUGGACUGGUGCUUGCUAUUUUAAAACACUGUUGAUUCAUCUUCAGUUUUUCAUAUAAUAUCAAUGCCAAAUUAUUUUUUUCAAAACUAUUACCUAAACUAUAGUGCCUCCAGUUAUGCAGGUGAUUAUUGUGAUGUACCAUAUUUCAUGGAUUGUUAUUGAGUUGUUUCUGUUUUUUUCAGAUCUCUUUCCCAUAUGCAUGUUGGUUUGAAUCCUUGUCUUUCAGCAUCUUUGCUACCCUGACUGCCUGGAAUCAUCUUCAAAAUGAUUGUGUCCUGUAUUUCAUCAUCCAAAUUAGUAAUAAAAACAGUGAACCACUA